AUGUCGGACACUGAAGAGGUUGGAGAAGAAUUUGAGGAAGUUGAUGUUAUAAAUAUCUUUCCUUCUAUUUUGUUUUAUGCUACAACAGAAGAAGUGGGUGAAGAAGAAGAACAGGAAGAAAAUGAAGUGGAAACGAAGCAAGCUGAUGGAGAGGAAGAAGAAGAGGUAGAGGAAGAAGAAGGAGAAGAAGAAGUAGAAGGUGAAGAAAAACCCAAGCCAAAAGUCUUUUUGCCCAGCCUUAUACCACCCAAAAUUCCAGAUGGAGAAAGAGUCGACUUUGAUGACAUCCAUAGGAAGCGUAUGGAGAAGGACCUCCUGGAACUGCAGACAUUAAUUAAAGGUCAUUUUGUGAACAGAAAGAAGGACGAAGAGGAAAUUGUUGCUUUGAAGGAGAGAAUUGAAAAACGUAGAUCGGAGAGAGCUGAGCAGCAUAGGAUUCAAGCUGAGAGGGAGAAAGAACGACAGUCACGGAUCGCUGAGGAACGAGCAAGGAAAGAAGAGGAAGAAUCGAGAAAGAGAGCAGAGGAAGAAGCAAAGAAGAAAAAAACCAUGUCGAACAUAUCCUUGCACUUUGGAGGCUACAUUCAGAAGACUGACAGCCGUAGAGGUGGGAAGAGACAAACUGAGAGGGAAAAGAAAAAGAAGAUCCUGUCAGAAAGACGCAAGCAUCUGGACACCGAUAGUUUGAGUGAGAAUGAACUGAAGGAGAAAAGCAAAGAGCUGUGGAAUUGGAUGCACGAACUCGAAGCAGAAAAAUUUGACCUACUGGAAAAAAUGAAACUGCAGAAAUAUGAAAUUAACCUACUGCGAAACCGAGUCAGUGAUCACCAGAAAGUUUCUAAGGGACUCCAUGGCAAGGGGAAGGUAUCCGGCCGAUGGAAGUAAGCAAAGAAUCGGGGCAUCGUGGAUUGUUGAACUGAGGACAACCCAUUCCAAUUGUCUGUCAAACCAUCCUGUAAUCUCAAAUUCUACAGUAAUAUCACGAGUUAACAUGAAUCACACAUUUCUCACGCCUCUCUUCUUAAAGACCACUCUUCUUACAGGCCCUUCAGCCCACAAUGUCUGUGCUGACCAUGAUGCCAAUAUAUACUGAAUCUCUCUCAGCACAUAGACCAUAUAUCUCCAUCCCUGCCUAUUCAUGUGCCUGUCUAUCUGCCCCUUAAAUGUUGCAAUUCUAUCUACUUCCAUCACUUACCCCUGGCAGUGCAUUCUAGACAUGUACCCCUCUCCCUAACCUCCGCACAUCUCCUUUAAAUGUUACCUCUCACCUCAAAGCUAUGCUCUCUGGUCUUUCACAUUUCCACCCGGGGAAUAAAGAUUCUGACUGUCCACCUUUCAAAGUUUUCAUGUCUUUAACAAUAAAAACUUUUAUCCAGGAAAUAUUGCCUGAAUAACAGCUA